ACAGCAGCAUAAAAGCUAUUUUUUCGCAUUUAUUUUUUUGCUGCAAAAAAAUCGAAGCGUACCGACGAACCGGGAACGGGAAAAAUCUCGGCCAUAAAUACACCCCAACUUUUCGUCCAUCGUGUGUAUUCGUAUUGUUUGACCGGCAACAAGCCUUUCGGCAAUUGUGGCAAUUUCAUUCCUUGUGGUCCCUCGUGUUUGUUGUCUGCCUUCGCGCGAUCAUCCGAGCGCUGCUGGCUGCUACUCGCUGACGGCAAGCCGGGCACGACGUGCAAACCUGCCGCAGGAAGUAGGAUACUGAGACGAAGGAAGCGAACGCAUCAUCAUCAUUAUCAUCAUCAUCAAGUGCAUCAUCCCACGGAACGGGAAAGCGAAAUACUACGCCAAACACCUGCAACCAGGGUAGCGGUCUUCCAGUCGGAGAAGCAGUUUCCGUUUUGGGUUUCUUCUUCGUUGUUUUCGCUGUGUCUGCUAUUUUUUUUAUAUCAACGACCUCAAUCCCUGUUCCGUUGAGGACCAACAUCGGGGGAAAGAGCGCUUGGUGCGGGAAAAAAAAUCAAUGUUUUAGAAAACAAUUGGCCCCGACACAGUUGGUACGCGCCUGUGUCCGUAUAGUACACGCGUGUGUGCAUGUGUGUGUGUGGUUUGUAGUGUACGCUUGUGAAAUUCACACCGAAUGCUUUCGACGAGCGCUGCAAGCUACUGUUCAUAAUCAAACACGGAAUCUUCAUAGUAGCUAUCAGCAAUCCUGAAUCCUUAGUUCGGAUUCGUGUAGUGUAAGAUAAUAUCUCUCCUUUACGUACUCUGACGAAUGGGCAUAAUGUUAUGCUAAUUUUGGCCACCAUUACCAAUAUUGAGUGUCUUGGGUUGCUACAUCGCCUUUUUUGGGGAAGAGGGUUGGCCGAUACAACGACGUCUGCUGAUCAUCAUUCCUGUUCAUCCUUGUCGCAUCCAAUCGGCACCGUAGACAGCGCUGAUUUACCAACCAUGGAAACCACCACCGUACGAACCGUGUCAACUGUUGCCAGCAGCAACAGCAGCAGCAGCAGCAAGAAGUUUGCUUUCAGUGUAGAAGAAGCUCAACAUUCCUUUAAGACCACCGAUAAGAAUAUUACAGUGGUGUGUACCGAGGGCAAACACGACCGUGGCAGCUCGAAGAUCAAGCUCGUCAAUGUGGUCAACUUCAAAUGGGAACAGAAAAACUAUCCCGGCCGGUUGAUAGCAUGUCACAAGGAUUGUUUCCUGCUGGCUUACUCGAUCCGAGUAACGAAGCAAUCGAAAAGCGAAAGUAUGGUCCGGGUAGCGCACCUGGAUCUGCCCGAAAGGGGGCUGAUCAAGGGUCUGUCGGAUGAAAUACUUGACCUGCAGUUCUCGCACAACAGCACGCACGACUGUCUGCUCGGCAUCAUCGAACGGACGACACUGCACGUGCACAAGGUGCUGGUGAAAGGUGACAAGGUAACCACCGCGCUCAAGGUGAAAAUAGUCGAUCCGCUCGAGGGGCACGUGCCGGUGUGCGAUCGCAUUACGUGGUGCCCGUACCUGAGCGACGGUACCGACUACAGCGAUGAUUUCGCGAAGGAGCUGCUCGUGUGGACACGCGGUUCCACCUUCCAGUGCUACAGUAUUAGUGCGCUGACGAAAUCGUACAUCGAUACGACCGAUCUGAAAGCGUCCGACAUCGAGGAGGGUGGAUUUAAGGCGAACGAUGGCGACGCCACCAUCACCGGCAGCGUGUUCUCCGACGAUGGUACGACGCUGGCGCUCAGCUCCAGCGACGGGCUGAUCCGGUUCUAUCAGGUGUACCAGCACGCGAACGACCGCUCACCGAGACGGUUGCACCUGUGGAAGCCGCACGACGGCAAACCGAUCACGAGCUUCUUCUUCCUGGACAACUAUACCGAAACGGUGAACAAUAAGACGAUCUGGAAGCAUGCGAUCACGUGCGCGGAGAACAAUGCCGAGAUCAAGGUGUGGUGCUGCGAAUCGUGGGAAUGUUUGCAAACGGUCCGCCUAACGUCCCCGGUGGCGGACGCGUCGCUACAUUUUAAGGCAGAAAUUGACAUCUCCUCUACGUAUCUGGUGCUGACCGAGCGCACGACGCGACAGAUCUACGUGCUGCAGAUACGGAAGGGCAAGAGCACCGUGCUACCCGAUGCGGACGCGGUGGUGCACCAAUCGAAAAAGACCAUCCUAACGAAGGAAAGUACGGCGCGCCCGAACGUGCAGCCGUACAUCGUUUCGAUAGCGGAGUAUCCGCUGUCCGCGUCGGUGCUGGGGUUCGCCAUCCUGUACGCAUCGUCCGGCAACUCCAAGUACGGCGAUUACGACGACGACGAAGACGACGAACAAUCCUCACCGCAGUGCGUUGUGAUUCGCAUGUUUCUGGUGCAGCCGAACAACCUGCAGGACUGUACGCUUAUGUACGAAGCAAUACCGGAAAGUGACGGCGACCUGCUGUCAAACGAUCUAGGGAACGAGGCGGGUCGGAGCGGAGACGCGGACGCAACCGAGAGUCACGAGAACUCAUCGUCCGUCACGUCAUCCGCUUCCAGUGAAACGACCGACAACAAUGUGUCGCAUCCCCCGUCGGAAGAGGACGAUGAGCUGGCGGCAAAACGAAAGGCGACGGCGGUGGUGGCGGCGGCGGCGGCGAAGGGAGGGGACGCUAACAAUGGUAUCAAUGACGACGAGGAGGACGACGACGGAUCAGACAAUCCGGAUGUAGAGGAGAACGGUGCGAAACCGAUACAGGACAAAAUGGCCGAAGCGGCCCAGAAACUGAACGACGUGUUUGUAGCGAUCCGGACGGUUAAAACGUCCGCGGAUGGCACGAACGUGGGCGGUGGUGGGGAUGGUGGUGGUACGAGCGCACCGACCACACCGGCCAACAGCAGCACAAAAGUGAAUCUUAUGACACCGGACUCGUUUAGCACGCCGGUCAGCACCAGUGGCAGCAGAUCAGCGGGAAAAGAGAACGUUAAAGACGUGCGCAUUAUCAACCUUUCGGAGCUGCCCUAUCCCGAAAUGGAAACGAUCAUGAAUCAGUACGACCGGCGAGCUGCCGGUAGACGGCGCGGUGCGCGGGGCAUUACGGCGGCCAACGCUGCAACCACCAUGGCAAGCACCACGACCGGUGCCCGGAAUCUGAACGCAUCCGUCACAAGCACGGCCAGUGCGAAUGGGAGCGUGCCUAGCGAUGGUACGACCUCCUGCGAAGAGCAGGAGGAGGAGGAGGAGGAAGGCGGUGGUGGCAACACGAGCGUCGCUUCGCUGGCCGGUUCGGAACGAAUCGCCAACAUUACCGACGAUCCGGACGAGGACGAUGGGGAGGAGGAAGACGAUGAGGAGGAAGACGAACAGACAAAAGUAGUGUCCGCACAGGUUAAAAAGAAGGGUCGAAAGUUGGGUUAUGCAUUGGCGGCGAAUGGUGGCGAACAAGCGAAAGGCCGCAAGGGUCCGCACAGCACACCACCAUCGUCCGGCACAACCGUUCAGCCGGGAGGCGUUCUUAAAGUUUCGCGAACGUCACUAAACAUGGAACACUUUACCAAAAUACUUACCCUUGACGACGCAGAGCCACCGACGGUUCGAGGUAAAAAAAUGAAAAACGACGAAUCGGUAAAGCCGGAAGUGCUCAACACACUGUUCAUGCUGGCGAAGGCCACUCAGCAGCAUCAGCAACAACCGGCGGAACCGCCAGCAUCGUCGGAACCACCAGGUGGAUACGGGCUGGCGUUUGCAAACAUAAUGAAAAGUUUGUCGGAGCAGAGCGAAGAGAAUGCGACCGGUAAGACGAAGCACCGCAACGCCACCAAUAACGGGCCGGCCGGCAUGACGCAGGAGAGUGUUAUAGAUGCUCCAGCGGUACCCCCGAUGCCAUCCGCCGAAAUGCUUGCCAGCGGUGGUUCGAGUCCAAGCAGGGAAGUGCAACAGAUUAUGUCGACCAAGGAUCCGGUGAUCAGCAUGGUCGAGGAUCUGUUUAUGUACUCGUGCGUGGAGCGGAAGGACGAUUACGAAGACGAGGAGGAGGAGGAAGACGACGAAGAGGAGGAGGGCGUCGUGAACGUGGCGGACCGGUACGACGAGGAGGAUGGGGUGGUGGUAACGGUUGUCAACGGUACCGACGACAAUCCGGACGAGGUAGCGGACGAGAAAGCUCCGGAACCGAUGGUGACCGAUGCCAGUGCGUUACUGUCGCAAGACCAGGCCGCGGUUGCGGUUUCUGCCCUCAAAGAACCGAUGGAAGGUAGCGGCAACACGAUUGAGCUGGAGGAAGCGACCAAACGUGGCCAGGAACCGGCACGGGGCAACAGUCCCGGUGAAAGUGUACCACCGGCGCGCGCUGACUCAACCAGCUGGCCUUCGACGGUACCGACGGAUGUGCCGACCGUAGGUCCGUCCAAUGCCCCCGUUCACGUGAUAGACUCGUCGAAGGAAAUCGCCGCACUGGGCAGCAAGAUGGACCGGAUGAUGGAGCUGCUGCUGGUGCAGUCGCAACAGAUCGGCGAGCUGAACGUGCAGCUGGAUGCGCUGAAAAAGUCGAAGGCCGAAGAGCAACGGCGGUUCAGCACGGCACUGAACCGGCUCGGCCAAACGCUGCCGAAGACGAUCGAAACGCAGCUGUCGGCGAUGCUGGUGCAGCACAUGCUGAAGAUCGAGCAAACGCUGCUGGCCUGCUUCAACAACCAGCAGGCCCGGUUGGCCGAAACACUCACGCACCUACCUCAGGCCAUGAUCGCGCAGCUGCCGAGCCGGUUGACGCCCGUGCUGCUGCAGGAGAUGCAAAAGAAGCUGCUCCCGGCCAUUACCGGCAAGCUGGACCUGGUGCAGCAUGCGCUCGGCGCGGAGAUGACGGAGAAGCUGCACGCCAACGAAGGCGCAAUGCGUGACAUCAUCCAGCGGACGCUUCGCAGUGAGCCCGUCACGAAGACCAUGGCAGCCGCCAUUCACAGUGGCAUGACGCCGGUGCUGGUGGAGGUUUACAACCAAUCGUUGAACAAAGUCAUACUGCCCACCUACAGCGCGUCCUCCAAGGAGCUAUUCCGGCAGAUGAGCAAAGCAUUUUCGGAUGGAAUCGUAGAACUUAUGCGACGGAUCGAUCACCACGUCGACCGGGUGGACAAGAUGCAGGAACGGACGAACGGCAUGAUAGACAUCUUUGUGGAGCUGCCGGACAAGCUUGGCAUCGCUGCGGACGAUUCGAUCAAAAUGGCGGCCCGCCUGAUAUGCGAAGGGUUGGACGGGGAGCUGCGCGCGCUCGAAAAGAAUCUGGUCAAAUCGAUGCGCGAACAGAUUGGGAAGGAGAUCGAGAAGGGUUUCCAGGCGCAGACGUCCUCGCUGGAAGAUUCCGUCCUGUCGGUGGUGCGGUCCCAGGCGCAAACGCCCGCCCCGAGCAAUAUGGACGUGCAGGACCAGAUCCGGCAGCAUCUGAACGGUGGCCAGAUUAACAAAGCCUUCCACAAGGCGCUCCUGUCGAACGACCUGAGCCUGGUGGAGUACGUGCUCGAACGGGCCGACCACAAGCAGGUGUUUAAUCCGUGUCCGCUCGAGCAAACGGUACUGCUGUCGCUGAUACAACAAAUCUCCGCCGACAUGGCUAACUUUAACGAGCUGAAGCACAAGUACUUGUCGGAUGCGAUCGUCAGUCUCGACCCGCAGGAUCCGGUCACGAAGGAGCAUUCGCCGAAGGUGAUGCUGGAGCUGAUCAACAACUGUCAGAAGUUUAUGACCGACAACCCAUCGAAUCCGCUCUGCACCAGCCUGAAAAUGUUGGUCAUUGCCGCACAGUACAUGGGGUUCAAGAAUAUCUGAUACCUGCUCAAAUAGCAGCAGCAGCAGCAGCAACAAACACGGCAAUCCAAGACUGACGGCACCUGAGAAUGCAUUCAAAAUAUCCCGCCCUUUUGUGAACCUCAAGCAAUCGAACCAUCAAAUUCAAUUUUACAUCCACCCGCUAAAGGACGGCGUGAAAAGCUACCUUUUUUUCAGUAAGGUUAGGGAGUGUCCCUUUGGCACAUUAGCUCUUCUUCCUGUUCAUUUACUUCGGUAUGUACGUUUUUUUUUUACGCUUUUGAACUUUCCCUUUUAUCCUUUUUGACUAACGCGCUUCAACGCGUGCUGUGGAGAGAGUCGCUAUCUGUGUGUAAAUUCAUGCGUUCGUCCUGAAGUCCUCUCUCUUCUCUUUGUUCUGCCCUAGAAGACCGUGGUCCGUGGUGUAUUCAUAUAUCAUCGUGCUGUGAACCAUCACCACACACACACACGAGACCGGAAACGAAACACGCAUCCUGUCCUGUGGGUCAGUUUUAGUUUUUAAACUGCAAUGAAAUAAAUCCUAACCCUAACCGUACAAGGAUACAUACUCCCGACAAAAACAAAA